GGAGAAAAAAAACCAGGUUCUCAGACUGAGAUGAACCGAAGUGUGCUGAUGAGAAGAAUUCAAUUCCCCGGUGCGGCGGCUGUGUUCCGCGGUUCAGCCGAUAUUUUCACGCUUGCCAGUUAUAUAGUUAAACGCCCACCCCCAUCGCUUUCAUACCUUCAACUACCGGCGCCUAGCUCUCUUUACUCUCAGCGAUGCCUGGUUACAGCCACCAUUCGCCCCUCCGAACCCACUGUCAAUCCAUCCCUUCGUACUCAAACCGAUGUCCCCAGCGGAGAAAUGGACACUAAAGGAGCUUCGGGGAACUGCUCCAAAGUCAUCUUGAAAGGAAUGAGAUACGCUGAACUUGAAAAAUGGGUUCAGUCACAAGGUUUUAGGCCUGCUCAGGCAUUGAUGCUGUGGAAGCGCCUUUAUGCAAAUAAUAUUUGGGCACAGUCUAGUGAAGAGUUAGAAGGUUUGAAUAAAGAAUUCAGAAAAAUGUUAAGUCAGCAUGCUGAAUUCAAAGCAUUAGUUUUGAAAGAUAUUGUGACAGCAUCUGAUGGUACUAAAAAGAACUCGCAGGGGGUUGCAGAUGUUAUUUGCGUUGGAGGACAGCUUGAUAAUAGAAACUGUAGUUAUACCUUGUGAACGGGGCAGAAAUACUGUCUGCAUUUCUAGUCAAGUUGGUUGCGCCAUGAAUUGCCAGUUUUGCUACACUGGCAGAAUGGGAUUAAAGAGACACUUAAAUACUGCGGAGAUAGUUGAGCAGGCAGUUAUUGCACGGCGUUUGCUGUCAAGUGAAGUUGGUCCAAUUUCAAAUGUUGUAUUCAUGGGGAUGGGGGAACCACUCCACAACACAGAAAAUGUGAUAAGAGCUGCAGACAUAUUGGUUGAUGAACAAGGGCUUCAUUUCAGUCCUCGCAAGGUCACCGUCUCAACCAGCGGUCUUGUUCCCCAGCUAAAGCGUUUUCUUCGCCAAUCUAAUUGUGCUUUGGCAGUCAGCCUGAAUGCCACCACUGAUGAGGUUAGAAAUUGGAUCAUGCCUAUAAACCGGAAAUAUAACCUGAAAUUGCUCCUUGGGACUCUUAAAGAGGAGCUUAGUAUGAAGCACAACUACAAAGUUUUUUUCGAAUAUGUUAUGCUUGCUGGAAUUAAUGACAGUGUGGAAGAUGCAAAGAGACUAAUUGAUCUGGUUGACGGCAUUCCUUGCAAGAUUAACCUCAUAACCUUUAACCCUCAUUCCGGAUCUCUAUUCAGACCAACAAAGGAGGAGAAGAUGGUUGAGUUCCGGAACAUUCUUGCGGAAGCUGGGUGUGUUGUUUUUCUACGGCUGAGCAGAGGCGAUGAUCAAAUGGCUGCUUGUGGUCAGCUUGGCAAGCCCGGGGAUGUACGUGCCCCUUUGCUACGGGUCCCUUCCCAAUUUCGUGCAGCAUUACAAGAAGUUUCACUAUAAUUUUCAUACCACUAUUGACUGUUAUUUACUUUUAUAUCCCAAAGAGGCAUUGCUCAUGUACACCGAUUCAAAUGGGAGUUGGCUGUACCAUUAUUCUUGCCCAUGUAAAUAUUUGUACAAUUGUACCAAGACUUCUUUUUGUUUAAUUUUUAUGUGGUGUGAAGUUAAAUGCUUAAAUAUGUUUUUAGAGGGAGCAGGUGCCACCAAUUGAAUGAGA